UAGUUGUCGUAUUUGCUGGAUGUAUCAUUAUCUGUUCCAUAUUUAUUUCCUACUAAAAUUAACAUACACAUGUUCCGAAAAUGAAGAAAAACAUUGCAAAACAUUUGGCUAAAUCUAAGAAAAUGCCCAUACACUCGUUCUCGGACAAGCUGCACCGCAAUCAACACCAACACACACAGAAGGUCCUGGCAAGAGUACACAAAGCAUUCGGCACUAGAUUCUCAGACGAGGACCUGUGCACGGCGGGGCCGCCCAAGUCCAUGGAGAAGUCAGUGUGGAGCUCGCCGCAAAUCGGCGGCUCGGGCGGCGCCCUCAAGGCUCUGGCCAAGAACGUGGCCAAUCAUCUGGAGCAGCUGAAUCGGGCCACCAUGAAGCGCGUGGUGGCCCAGGUGAUCGCCGAGCGGCACAGCCUGGGCGAGGUGGCCGACUUCAAGGGUCACAUGUACUUUGCCCGGCCCGAUCACAUUAACUUCACCGAGCUGAUCGCCCAGUCGAAGGAGGCCUUUGACGAUCUCGUUCAGCAGAAGGCGACCACGGGCGUCCAAACGGAGAGGCCCCAGCGGACCAACACCAGCACGAACACAAAGAUGAAGAUGCUGCCAUUCAGGCCGACGGGCGGCCAGUCCAGCGGAGUGGGCAACACGGGUCUGGACAGGCUGCUGACCAACAAAUCGAUGAAUGCCAGGAAGCAGGCCGCCUCCAGGCUGAAGCGUUUCGAGAGCCCCGUGACUAUCUUUCAGCUGGACGACGAGGGCAGUCGCAGCCUCAACGGCGUCAUCAUCGACGAUUCGCACUUGCCGUUCGACCGCAAGGACAUCCUGCUGCAGGUCUCCAAGCGUCCAGGCGGCUCCACGCGUCCCCUCAAGAAGCACCGCCCCACCAAGGGGAUUCUCUCAACAAAGCCUCAGCAGCCUCAGCAGUCUCCGGCCAAGGUCAAGGGCAUAUCCCAGACGACACCAUCGGCACUGCAAUUGAGGAAGUCGUCGGUGCGAGUCAACCGCAACAGAGAGACAGCAGCGGGCAAGGUGCAGCUGCCAGCCGGCGCCUACCAUCACCCGCCGCCGGCACCGGCCAGAGGGCGCAACAAGCGAAAUGCCGAAACGGUGGCGCCCAAGCUGCCCUCCAAGAAGGCCAAAUCCAUGUCAAAGAUCGGGGCGCGGGUACCGCUGCUGCAGCGCACCUACUCGAAGCCCUGGCUGGUGCGGCGCACCAAGUCGCAUCACCACGUGAAGCGCGCAGGUCGCCUGGCCGGCGGCUUUGUUGUGGAGAAGAAGACGCCGCUGGAGUCCAACGUGGAGAUGGCCAUCCACGGCCAGAGCAAGCUCGACUCGCAUGUGGCCAAGCAGAUCAGGAGCGUCGCCUUUCCCUGGUACACGCCGUACCAGUUCCAGGGCGGAGCCGGUGCCACCGCCACAGCCACCGGCACGCAGCCAACUUCCCAGAAGGGCAACGCCAACAAGCGCCAGCAGUACAAGAAGAAGCCGUCGGCUGUCACCGUCCCGGCAGCCCCCAAGGCCAAGUCCUUGGGCAACCGGCAAUCGCGCUACAAUCGCCUGCAGGCGCGCCUCAUCCGUGACCUCAAGCGCGAGGAGGCCAUCGACGACCCGGAGCGCCUCAAGUCUGGCGGCCUGGGACGUCGCCAUGCCAAGCAGCAGCAGCAGCUGCAGCAGCAGGAUCCAGUGGAGGCGAGUACCAGGAAGUCCCGACUGUGCUCCCCGACCAGGCGCCCCGCUAAGCGCCCCCCCAAUCCGUUCCCGUUCGCCGUUGGACGCUCCAGUGGAUCUCCAGCCCGUUCGGCAGUCAAGUCGCCCCCUCGCAUCCGUCGCCGUCGCUCGCGACUUGUGCCCGUGGACAGCAGCCUGGGCAGCUUCGCCUGCCUGCGCCCCGAUCCGGCCUCCAACAAGAACUCAAAGACGACGCUCACCCCGGCCAAGCGCCACCUGACCAUUGCCUUCUUCAACAAGCGCCUGGAGGAGCGCGGCCAGAAGCAGGCCCCCAAGCUGCCCUGGAAGUAGGCGGCGCCCAUUGAUUUUGUUCCCGGCUAUUUUAUG